AUGUACUAUCGAGGUCCUUCAGCCUCAACUGAGGUGAUUGUGCGAACACCCAGGUUAUACUGGGGCCGUUUCUGGCAAGCACGAUACCUCUGUGCGGAGGACGCAGACCAGCAGAUUUACGCCGGAAUUCACCCUAACGACGGCGAAUUGGAGGUUCUCCCGGUUCGACCAUCAAUAUACAUGAGAGUAAAGCAGCAGAAGUUUAACCAGCUAAUGAACAGCAAACUUGGGGGGAUGGUUGAGGCCGUUCAUCUUUUGGCGGUUAUAGUCUACGGCUGUGCGGGACUUGGAAAGAGGGGUGGGGAAGGAGGCGUCUAA